AUGGCGUUUGCUGGGACAAAUGUCAGUUUGUCCCAGCCGGAUAUAACGCAAAAACUGACGGAGCGCAUAGAUGAUCUGAAGCAGAGAAUCGCUGCUUGGGGAAAGCGGAUUCGGCGAUAUACCGAGAGGUCGACACGGUUCAACCAGAAUCGUCUCUUCCAGAGUGAUCAGAAGAGGCUCUAUGAAUCAUUGGAGCGACCAAUGGUAAGUGGAACGGGUCCAGCACCGAAUCAGGCCGACACUGUAGCAUUCUGGCGCGGCCUGUGGUCAGAGCCCGUAAACCACAGCGAGGGCCCUUGGACGGAAGUUGUGGCGAGUCAGUGUGCGGGUAUUACGCCCAUGGACCCCGUCAUCAUAACGCCGGAUGACGUAGCUGAGGCGGUUCGUAGGGCCCCGAACUGGAAAAGUCCGGGGCUUGACGGGCUGCAUCACUACAGGCUGAAGGGGUUCAUGGGUAACGAUGACAGUCCCAUGACCAAAUCUAAAAAUACUGGUAAAUACUAA